GUCAGGCUCCAUUCGGUUAAACCAGAUUAAAGAGCAUAAAAUCACUCCAGAAGAUGGCAGUAAUGCAACACUAACGAUGACAGCUGCCGUUAGUAGAAGAAGUUUAGAAAGCUACACCAGAGUCGAGUACAACUGUAGGAAAACUAUAACGUUAAUCUUGGAUGUCACUAUAAACGGAUAUUUGUUUUCAAGCAAAGGGCGUAUUGAAGAGACAAGCAUGAACAGUUUCAGUAGACCCAACAGACACAGGACACCACCAUUCACCAGGGUAACACACCUUGGAGCAUCCAAGCCUGUCCUGAAGAGAGAUUCAGGCUUCUCAGAUGCCAGCUCUGAGUACCUCAGUACAGUCGAUCUGACUGACUCUGAAGAUGCAGGAAGGAAUGGGUUGAUAGUUGGCCAGGACCCUACUGGUCCGCAGCUGGCUGUAAUGGGAGGCUCAUAAGCUGGACUUUCUCCAAUGAUCAUCAUGAAUAACUUUGUCUUAAAGCAGCCAUCCCCGCUGGCUCCAGCAGAAAAACAGUGGGGCUUUCCGUCACCCUUGGAAGUGAUGCCUCAGUCCCAGGUGGUUCUUCUUCAACCCGUGGUAUCAAAUGGCAGCAGCAGCUCUCCAAAGACUGGCUCUGAAAAUAUCCGUCAAUCAAAAAGCUACAUGCUCCCCCAGCCAGCACUGCAGACUUCAAUCAAAUCCAUCUCCAACUUUGAAGCAGCAGACAACCGAUCACAGGCAGCUGAGAGUCAGGAGCAACUCAGUGAUAAGUCUUUCUCCCCGCUGACAGGGAACAGCUCUCUGCCCCUCUACAGAGAUGAAUUCAGGGCACAUAUGGACAGCAACAGGAUGCAUGCUGACAAAUACCAGGACCCCUUCUCAAUUGACAGUAACAAAUCAAAACGUUUCAGCAAUACCUACAACAUUCUCAACAAAUCUGGCUUGCUGGGGAUCACCAUGCGCACAAAGCAGCUGAUCAAGGAGAAUAAACGCACCCAAGGCCAGCUGCAGCAGCUUCAGGAGCAAACGGCUCUGCUGCUGGAGGCUCUGAGCAGCAGAGACCCAAAGCUCUGGAUUAAACUCCAGCUCUCUCUGCAGCACACAGACAAGGAGCAAUGGGGAGCUAAAGCUCAGAGAGUCCUGGGGUAAUAAUAUUCAUGGACAUGACCAGCAUUUCUCAAUCAGAGGGUCACAAGAUGAUUUAUUGAAUGUAAAAACAUAUAUCUCAAAUCUGUACAAUAAAAGCUUUUUUUGUGUGUGAAAUAGUCAUCACAGCAUCGAGCAUCUUAACUAAACAAGCUAUAACUUAUAACUAAACUAAACUAUACUUUCACACUUUUGUCAGGAGGUUGUAAGUACAAAUCAUCUUAAAUUUGCAGGUUAAACAUUCAGAACUGCUGGUCUAAUAUGAAGUUGAAGCACACCUACUAAUACCAAGUUGAGACGCAUGCUUACAUUUCAAACCCUUGCCUAUAAUGAAUUUUCUUACCUCCUGCUUCAAAAUGGCAAGGAUCACUUGCAACAAGGCUAUAGCUUCUAUAUGUGCUAUAUGUCUUAAUUGCAUAAAAGGCAUGCCUUACAGCACAUGCGAGGGCAGUUAAUUCCUUAUAUAGGUCUUGAAUGUGAUUGCUGUAGAGAAAAUAUAUGCAUUAUUUUACUUUUUAAAUCAAGUAGAAAAACCUGGUGUGGAUACAGGUGGCCUGUGUUUCAAUUUCCUCUUUACAGCAGAGCAUCUUGUCUCGAUAGGGCACUGUCUUGUCCAUUUUUUAAAUUUACUUUGUUUUUAAAUUGGAUGGUAAAUUAAACUGAAUGAGCAGAUGCCUCCUUUGUGAGGAAGUGUACAUACUAACAGCUUGUAUUCUCAAACAACAGCUAAAUAGCUCACAGUGAGAGGGCUGGCAAAACCAUAACACUGUUUUUUUUAAAUAAUUUUGUUACUUGGAGUCAGUAUUAUUUAUUUGUAAUUAUGUCUCUGACCAAGACUAAAGCUGUGUGAAUAAUAUAAACAAACCAAGCACAUUAUGACGAGUUUGCCAGUUCACUGGUAAAGCAAACUCCUUUUUUCAGAAGAUACCUUUUAAGAACUACGUAGGAAUUUGUGAAAGCUUCAACUGUAGCAAGUGAAGUGCUGUAGCCAUAUAUUUUUCUCUUGACUUUGCAUAUAUUGCUGCCAUGUUCAUUCCUGCUGCUUAAGCUCAGUGUGAUGUAGUCUUAAUUGAAACUUCAAGGCAAGAAAUUACAGCUAAAUGGUUUCUUUUAGUUCCAUAUUAUGGACUCUUGCACUUUAGUUAGAGAUUACUGACAACAUUUUUAGACAAAUGUUACGACUUGUAUCCCUAAAUGAGCACUCUGCCUUGAUAAAACAAUGUGAAUAUAAAUGUGCAUCUGGAUGCCUGUGCCUUUUUUGAAUAUGUUCAUGUUUGUACUUCAGAUCAAUGCUUGAGCAGCUAAGAUUGUGAGCUUCAUGUGGAAGAAAGUUGAAUGAACUUGGAAUUAAUAUUCUUUUCUGAAUCAAAACAAACCAUCCUCUGGUUAGGCAAUACAUCCAGAAUCGCUGUAGAAAGAAUAGCAUGAAGACAAGUAAAGUCAUAAAUGUUUCAGUUUUAAAUGUUAAGUCGAGGUUAACUGUUGUAAUAUUUAUUUUUAACAACAAUACACUACUGUUGCAAUAUUUUUUAUUCAUGAGUAGUUGUAAAACUAAGAAAUAAUCAAGUCAGUCUUGGUUUUAAAAGUGCGAAAAGAGCGUUACAAAAAUUACUUUGAUUGCUUUUUGAAGAUUGCUUUUUCCCUGUUAUUGUGAAAUGUGCUUUCUGCAUCAUUUCUUUAGCAAGUCACUUUGACUAAUAAUGAACUGUCAUAAAACUCUGAAGAGCA